CUGAGCAAGAGGAAUAAAUCUUCUGAUUAGUUAGAGUUCAGAACGGGACAGUACGUUCACUUCUUUACAGAUUUCAAUGAAACCGUCAUUUAUCAAAGGAUUUGUAGGGAUGGUUAAUUAGCUGAAUAACUUGUAGUCACAUAGCCUAUAUAAUCAUCACUAUGUACCUGCAGAGUCCCACACGAUUUUAUAUGCAUUAAAGUUAGUUGUAAUGUUAAGGUUGAAAUCCAAUUAAUUUUUAUCACAACUUUUACAUGAUUUGUGGUUGAGGCAUAGGAUUUAUGUGAAAGAACCUAAAAACAGUUUUUCUUUACUUGAUGCCAUUCGCAUAUUAAUGUUGCAUAGACUGGAUUAAUCAGUGGUAAAGUGAGGACGUUUUGACGUGAGAGACUUGUGUGAAUGUGGAGCAUCCGCUUUAGAGGCAAGCAGUGAGAGAAUGGUUUGGUUAUAGUUCUUUUACACCCUUGCUUUCAAUGUCAUUUCUCCCUGAGCCGGUGUCUGCUUGGGGCUCGGAGGCUGUCUUUAACAGCAACAGUGUCACUGUGUUGUAGAUGAGAGAGAGAAAUAAACAACCUCUCCACGGAAAUGUGACUUAGUGCGGCUUCAGGUUCAAAAUGUGAAUAAACCUAUGUACCGUGGGACGUUCCACUGCUUCCAAUCAAUCAUACGCCAGGAGUCGAUGCUGGGUCUGUACAAAGGUAUUGGCUCUCCAAUGAUGGGUUUGACCUUCAUCAAUGCUAUAGUUUUUGGUGUCCAGGGAAACACAAUGCGCAUGCUUGGCCGUGAUACACCUCUCAACCAGUUCUUGGCUGGAGCCUCUGCUGGAGCUAUCCAGUGUGUCAUUUGCUGUCCAAUGGAGCUGGCCAAGACACGUAUGCAAAUGCAAGGAACUGGAGAGAAGAAGUCUAAGAGGAAAAUGUACAAGAACUCCCUGGACUGUCUGGUGAGAAUCUACAAUAAGGAGGGGAUCAGAGGGAUCAAUCGGGGUAUGGUUACCACCCUGGUGCGUGAGACACCGGGUUUUGGCGUGUACUUCCUUGCGUAUGAUGUGCUGACACGCUCACUGGGUUGUGAGCCAGAAGACCCCUACAUGAUCCCCAAGCUGCUGUUUGCUGGUGGCAUGUCAGGCAUAGCUUCCUGGCUGUCCACCUAUCCCGUGGAUGUGAUCAAGUCACGCCUGCAAGCGGACGGGGUCGGCGGCGUUUACCAGUAUAAUGGUAUCAUGGACUGUGUCAGGCAGAGCAUACAAAAGGAGGGGUGGAGAGUGUUCACUCGUGGACUAACAUCCACUUUGCUCCGUGCAUUCCCAGUGAAUGCAACCACAUUUGCCACUGUGACUUUGUUCUUAAUGUACAUGCGCGAGGGUGGAGAGUGUAGCAUUCCAGACUCUGAGCCGCCGUCUGUCCAGCUGCAGCCUCUGCAAACGCAGACACAGCCGACCAGCAUGUAAGCUGGCGUGCAACAGUGAGUGUUGUUAAUUUUUAAGCAAACCUAUCUGUAGACAGUUUGUACACAGGUCAAGGAUCUGUUCAUUAGUGUCCACAAUCACAGAGGAGAGCUAUGUUUUGGGUAAGCAUCUGUCCAUAAAGCUUAAACCAAGUGGUCUCACAUAGUAUUUAAAUAAUAUAUAUUUUAAGAGAAAAGCUGCACUUGUAAAUAUGUUCUCUUUGCUUUUGUACAUAUUUAGCUUUUUUAAGCAAAUUGAAAUAAACUUGACAGUUACAAGAGUUACUGUAACAUACAGUGACUGUUACAGAUGUCCCAAAAAUGUUGAACACUUUGAUCCUAAUGAUGCCGUUUUCAUCCUAUAAUAUUACACAAGCCUAAACACACAGCACGGCGUUUGGUAUAUUUGUGAAUCGGUGCUGUUUAUACUGUUACUUUCUACCAUUAGUUAAAUGAAGAUGAUUUUUAGGGUAAUUUUUAAUAGUCAAAAAUUAUCCUGUUUAGCAUCACGUGAACACUGUUUUGUAGCAUCUUGUGUAAACUGUUACAAGCAAAUUUUCAUGUUCAUUAAUGCUUCAUGUAGCUUGAACUGGAUUAGACUGAAAUUUUAAAAGGUAAAUUAAAUAAAAAGUCACAACGCACUUUUUUUUUAACCUAAAGAUCUCCCCUCUCUGCCCCAAGUUGCUAGACAAACAUUGGCUUGCACACAUGCCUUGAAAUGUGCACAUAGGACGAGCUGUAAUUUCGCCUCUAGCUACUACGACUACUGAGCCACUGAUAAUCGCUAACAGAGGGUUAAACUGUCACUUGUACUGAAUGACCAUUGCUGUAAUGUUCAGCCAAGAAAAAUGGUUAGGAAAACUAGGUUCAAACGCCAGUCGCUUUUCUUUCUAGGAAAGAGGGUAAAUGUUUAGAAGCGAUUGUCUACAUUGCUGCUGCGGAUCAGACUUGUGACUUCUUAACAUCCACUUAUACCCAGAAGUAGCCACCGCAAUCAUGUGUUGGAAGAGUAAAGGGAGGAUCAGAACAAAAUUCAUCAGUCCUCCACUGGAAUGGAAACUGGGGGAAAAAAGUGUCUUGAUUGUCUUGACGUUUUUCAUUUCAGUCAGGCUUUUCGCCAUCAUAAUCUCAGCAUCUCACUGAAAAGAUGCAGUUGGCUAAGUCUCUGACGCUAGAUUUUGUUUUGUUUAGUUUUGUUUGUUUUUUUUGGCAGAAAAUUCAAAUUUUUGGACAAUGGAGUGUUAAACCUUCUGGUGAAAUUACUGAUUUGGCUGUAUGAUACACUUGGCUUAAAAAAACAACAAAAAAAAACAAAACAAACUUUAACCCUUUAAAGUCCCAUGAUGCCAAAAAAAUUAUGCCUACACCAGCUUUACCUUCCUUGUAGCUGAGUUAAUUCUGGCUGCUGUAUAAAGUUUCAAGUUUGCAGUUACCACAAACUUUUUAUACCACGUCUUUGACUGUAAUAUCUAUACAGAGAGAAAGUUUGUAAUGAAAAAUAUUGGAGGCUCUGAUGGUGGUCUGUUGCAGUACGAUAUAAGAAUUUUUGAUGGUCAGAAAAAAUAAGUGUAAUAUUUUCUUUGUUUGAGGCGGUUAUUGUAAAACCAAAUCAGAUGCAAUAUAAUCAUGUUGUGGACAUUGUAGUGUGUCCAAAGAAAGCACCUUACGGUAUGACAUUAAGCAUGUGUAUGGUUAAAAAUACAUUUUGGCAAUCACAAUUCCUGCCAAUGGAUUUUACAAUUUUACAAAGGGAAGAUUCUCUUGCAGUUUGCCAAGACCAGUCAAGUACACUAAUUUCUGCCACCUAGAGGCAGAGAAGGUAAUGGCUCCUGUAUUUUUAACCUUUGUAUAUUAACUAAAAAAAAGUCUGUUUUUUUCCUGCAUAGUUAACAAUUGACAUUCUUCAGGAUUAAAAUGAGCAUUAUACCCAGCCAGCCUGCAGCAAGUGCAUUCACGAACACCUCUAUAUUAGAUAUUCACAAGAAAGGUGUCCUAAAUACAGAAGCCAUUACUUUCCCUUAAUGUAAAUGAUCUACAUCUUCACAGCUCACUGACCUCCAGGUGUAGCUUAGCCCGCAGUGCCGGCUUAGAUGUGGAGGUCUUGAAAACUGCUUUGGAUUUGUCCAAAGAGAAUGUAUAUAUUGAAUGUGGCAGUUUUCUUUGUCUUUUUCUUGUUUUUUGCUUUGUGAGAACUCUAGACUUCAGAUUUUACUUUAAUGCAUUCAUGUGUUGUUACCGCUUUUUUCCCUGCUAUGUUUUUGCCUGUGGGUUUAUUUUUAUUGGCAAGUAAUUCCUGAUAUCUCUGUAAAAGAAAAUGCUGCUGUAAAUAUCUGAUGUUGCUAUUGUUUGUACUGUUAACAACUUGUACAAUACCUUUUACCAAAGUAGAACAUGUCAUUUAAAACCCCAAAGGAGAACAGUGAAAUAAAAUACUUCACUUUUUUCCUUUUUUUUUUUUUUUUUUUGGGCUGGGCAUCUUUAAGUUUGAACAUUUGGAAACCCUACAAAUUAUUAGGCUUCUAACAAACCCCCCAAAAUAAAGUUUUAAGUGAAUGAAAGAA